AUGAAUUCACAGGUAAGUUUCGCGUACGCAGCCGCUCGCUGCCCGCACGCGUUUCUCGGGAGGAAUCCAACUCAUCAAAGCGAUCGUCCAGUAUCGGUGAUCGUUAUGCCUCAGCGCGCCGAAGUAGUGCAAGGGGAUCUGCUUCAACACUGCCUGAUCAUGAAGUCUACGACGACGUGCUCAGGCGGCCGUCGGCUGGCGAAGGUGCAGACGUCCGCGCUUCGACUUCGACACCCCAGGACAGAGCCCGGAACAGCCGCAAAGCCUCUUCACGGAGCAACAGUACCAGCUUGCCAGGACAAGGUGCUCGCACUGCUUCGCUACCGGGCAGGAGACGCUGUCCAGUGGGUGCUCACAGACGGAGGACACUUCCAAAGCGUUGCGGCCAGCUUUGAGGCAUUACUGGGCAUGCUUUUGAGUGGCAAUCGGAAUGGCGAGUUCGUCAUCAUUGUACAGCCUCUGACAGUACGAGGGCUCACAGAAGAGAGUCCACAAGUUGAAGUCCGCACCUGGGGCCCACAGACUGGAGGGGGUCCUGUGAGUCACGGCAGCAUCGUUUGGGCCCACGGCCAGACCUUGAAGGUCCUCACUGCCCCUGGGGAGUCCGAGAUGCACUUUGAAGUCUGCAGGGCAGACGGUCGCGGAGUUUGCACACCGCAAGGGUCAAUACACGCAACUGCUUUGCUUGAUGAAGAUUUCAAAGAGGGGAAGAAAGUGGAGUGCGAGCUCCUGGUUGAAGAUGGCUUUGUGCCGCCUGGUGCAUGCCUUGUCGCGGACUUUAUCAAGACCAGACAGCCUGCUCAGCAUGGCAGUUGCAAAAAAGGUGGUCUCACGUGGGCUCCGCACGUGGAAGAGACUCGACAAUUCACAGGAGAUCGAGGUGCUCGUCGCAACACACCAUUUCUUCCUGCGAACCCUUCAGCUCAGGAGGAACGCUCUUCGACUCAAAGCAGGUGUUCUGAUGAGUUGCGGCCUCUCGGAAGCACGAGAAGAUCCGCUGAAGGUGGUGUCGGACCAAGCGAGCUUGACGCAAACCGUCUUUCUCGACCCAUCUCCAUGCAGCUCGACUUGUCAGAGACACAGGGGACGUUCGCCAAGCCACUCAGCGAAGAGGUUCCGAGAGAAUCACGAGCGCGCGUUUCCGGAGCCCAAGCAGUGGUGGAUCCGCCGGCAUCGAAUGGCCCGGCGGCACCCGCAGCCCCUUGGGACGCAGUAAGCUCCAGCCAAGACGACCUGCAUGACGAGGAGCCAUCAAGACGCCGCAGCUCCAGCCAACGCUGGAGGGUGUUUCACGGCCAAGAGAAAGACAGCUGGAGGGACCCACUGCGAUCUUCAAAGAGCCCUGCCCCACAGGAUGCCAGCAGAACGUCGAAACUGAAGCAACACAGCAGCGCUGAUGCCAGGCCCGUUGACCACAAGCCCGUUCAAAUGCAAGUGGAUGCUUCUGAGGGGAGCUUGUUUCGAGAUGAUGCUUUGGCCCCAACAAGAGUCAGUCAGCAGGGACCUGCAGGGGCCGUGGGAUCACAUCCUUGCCGAGAGUCUGGCUCAGUGGGUGCAGAUGCCCGGCAAUCAAGAGCCUCGAGGCUAUCAGCUGCCGCCCCCACUCGACACACAAGCAUGGUAAUAGAAGCAGCCUCAGACCAAGGCAGUGCAGAUAUACCCACAGCUGGCUCUGAGAGGGCGAGUCAAACGUCCAGUAGGUCCAGCUAUUUCUCUGCCGGCUCACGAGGCUCACAGUCAUCGCACCCUUCUCGGACUCAAGGCCACAUGCAUGGCAGGCCAAGCGCUCACUCGUUCAGAGCAUCUGAAUCCAGGGGUAGCCGCUUGUCAAACCGUUCAAGCCGGUCGCAAGCCCAGACGCACCUUCAGCACUUCACUUGUCGCUACACUGAGCCCCAAUCAGUCACGUUUAGUGGCUUGCGGCAGGAACCCUGCAUCAUAGAUUCCAGAUAUGCAGAGGGACUUAUGGGCAGGGACCGCACAACACUUCUCGUGCUACUUGAGCAGGCUGAGCAUUCCGUGUCAGCAGUAAGGCGCCAAAAAUCAGCAGCUGACGCCGCAACGAUGCCCAGAGUGCUGGCACGCCUCAGCGCUGAGUUCGUGUUGCAUGCUAGGCAUGCGCGAGAGGUACGUGGAGGACAACUGCCAAACUUGCAGACCAUAUGUGAGGAACCUGUAUUGCCGGUGGUUUUGCAACGACUCGUAGAGGUCUUGGACACCUUGGUGCCAGUGGAGGAAAGCACCACAGAUGCGGAGCUAGCUUUUGCAGCCCCCGAGGUUUAUGUUAUGGGUGGUGAGGCCAGUGUGCAAUACACCGAGUCGGUCCUGGAAUCACUCCGGCAGGCAUUUGGUCCCCACGGCUUUAUUCCAGAGUGCAUGUCAUAUUUGGGGAGGAGGCGGAGCUUUAAGAAGGAGCUUCAGGAGCGAAACCUGGAGAACUUCACCGACCAGAUGGAAAUUCUCACGCUUUUGGCUAUUCGUCUAGCAUUAGAGUGGGAAACGCCUGGUACCGUGCCCAGGCCCCUGGAUAUAGCCACACAGCAGGAUGGCUUCCAAGCAGUGCUGGAAAGAAUGGCUGAGCUCAUGAAGAGGCUCAGAUGUGGCAGUGGCAAGAAGACUGUGAGAGGAAUUCUAGCACAACUGGCAUUGGCUCUGGAGACAUUGCUUAAGAUGCUUCGAUCGGACUCCGGCUUGGAGCUUCUCUGCGUUACUGGGUUCGGCACAUCGGACCAUCCAAAUGAGCAUCGUGGAAGUGACACGAGCGCAGCUUCGCCUUUGGCUUUGCUAACUUUGGAAUUGAUUGAGAUGCUUGUGGAGCAUGCAGAAGCAGUGCCGAUCCACUCCCUACACAUGAUAUUGCCAGCCGCUGUGCGUGUUCUCACGCUACUUCUAGACGCAGCGGCAGCAGACCUCUCUGGCGUCGCGGACCGACUUGCUCGAGCUCUUUGCCAAAUCUUAUCUCCUGACAUGCUGACGACGCGUUUGCUACUAGCUCUGGUGGACAUGGUGAAAACCCCAUGCAAACCGCGCACCUGGUUUGGCAGCGUCAACGAUGCAGCGAACAUGAGGAAGCACCUGCGCGGCAGCUUUAUCAGGAGCAAGAUGCCGAGUCAAGUUGCCAUCGCGGCAAAGGAAAAGCUGGAAAGCUUGUUGCAGUCGCCGGAUUUGUGCGAAGUCCCGCUUGCUGAUGCUCGAGGCCCUGUAAGCAAAGCACUGACGAAACGAGCUCGGCAGGUGAUAGCAGCUGGCGCAUUCUACGACGCAGUUGAGGAGCUUGUCUAUGAGGUGUACGGAAACUCCUCCGCCCUGGACGACGAGAUGUCGGACCUCAGGUCUGCAUACGAAGAACUGGAUGCUGACGGCUUGGAAGAGGGCGCAGCUGGUGGGAGGAAGCGUACGUCCAGCAUGCUGCAUGCUUUGGGCAAUAUGCGCCAAUCCAUCCUGACAAGCUGCUUGAUGCCCCAGAGCAGGCGAAGAAGCUUUCGAAGAACGUCAGGGUAA